AUGGGUCGAGCUAUGAAGAACUUUUAUAACCCAGUUCAGCGUGCUACUCGUUCUCAACUUGAUGCUUUAUCAUCAUCAUCAGAAGAUCACAAACCUCAUCAACGUCUUCCUGGUCCAUACCUAGCUUCGACACCUUGGAGAAGACAUUCCAGACGUCGAACAACAGAUGGGAUCAAUGAAGAUGACACUCAUCACGCUACAGUUGGGUUUGCUUCGGUUGGUCAAAAUCUUGAACCUGAAGUUACAACCACAACAACAACAGAAAGUUCUUCUACCAAUCUUGACAUACCUAAGAAGUACAAUGAACAACCAUUUGAUCUUGAUCAAGAAGGUGGUGAUGUUUUUGAGGAAUACUUUCUUACACCUUCUCAAGCUGCUCAACAAAGAUUGGAUCGAUUGACUUCGAGUCAACCGACUAGUACUGAAGCCACUCAAUCCACAACUGAAAUCGGUGAUCAAGUCUCCCAGCAAAGAGCCGUCCUUGAAUUAGCCUAUGCGCGUCAUCGAUUACAAACUGCAUCCCAAGCUUUGUCCGGUGAAGAGCUACCAACAGGAUAUGUUUCGAUGCGUUCUCCCUUCCCUAGUGCUGCUAUGAUGGUCUCUUCAGGUUCGCGUUCGCGCAACACGAGUACUCAAGAAGAAACAUCCUCUGCGUCAACCUCUUCUCACACACUUGCUGCUCCUCGCUUAACUCAUCGAGAGCCACCCACAACACAAGAAACAACAGAAACACGACUGCCAAACCUACCAGCUCAUUUCAGGGAGAUAACUGAAGAAAAUGAAGAUGAUAUUAUCAUCCCAUCUUCAUCCUCACAAUACCGAUUGAUUCCUGUAGAAGAUAUGACAUUUAGUGGGGUGGAUCGAAUGCCUCGCGAACCCGAACGACGGUAUAGUUAUCCUUCAAUGGCACUCGAUGAUAAUUCCUUUGCCAUGUUUUCUACUGUUGAUGGUGGAGAGGACGUACCGGACAACAUCUUAAUCGAUGCUCUUGUCGAUUGGAAUCAUCGUUUCGACUUUUAA